AUGUGCCACUUUCUUUCGGUCUCCUCACACUGCUGCCAGGUCCAUACUGAUUCAUGGCCCCCUGCCUCUGUAUGGCCUUCAAUUUAAGCUGCUUACGCUUCGCCACUCUGCCAUGGGCCCCUGUACCGCCUCCUCUUGCUGCUGCCAGGUCCAGAGUGUGUCAUGGGUCCCUGUACGGCCUCCCAUUGCUGCUGACUUCAUCGCCAGACUCUGCCAUGUGCCACUUUCAGGUCUCCUUACACUGUUGGUGGGUUCCAUUUUGUGAUAGGGUGCUGUAUGGCCUUCCAUUGCUGCUGCUGCCUCCUACCGCCACCCUGCGCCAUGUGCCUCUG